AUGACAGGUGUUUCCGCUGAAUGGGCUCACGCCCCAUCGCCCUGCCGUCCACCCUCUCGCGCUCUUUCGCCGCGCUCGCGGGGGCGAGCCGCCGUCCACGCUUUCUUCGAAGCCCAGGCCCAGGCCGCCGCGCGACGCGAGGAACAAGCAUGCGCACUCGCGCAACGCAACGACCAGCCGGCUCGCCCCUGCCCGUUCGACGAACCCCCGCCCGAGCUUCCGCCCGCCGCCGAUGCUCUCUCACCGCGCUCGCGUGCGCGAAUCGUCGUACGCGCGCACCACGAGCGUGAGAGACAAACCGCGGAAGCAGCGCGGAGGGCACGCCAGGGGAGGUACUCAACGGAGCGCGCACCCGUUGCGCAAGCUGCCCCGACGCGUUCGUCUGGGGGGCUCCCUCGCGCAUCCGCAACGGGGAGAGAAGUUGGACCGGCGGGAGUACGAGACAGCACAGUCACGGUGAGUACCCCAGUCCCGCAUCCUUCACCUCCGUCUCCUCGCAUACGCCCUACGCGUCCGCCCUCGCACGGCCAGCACGUCCCCGUCGAUCGCACCUGCCGCCCUCCGCCGUCGCCCGCUCCUCCAGCGCACCGCGCGCGCGCCCCACCUGCCGACGCGAUCCAACCGGCGCGCAGUCCUCGCGCCGGCGCGCCCUCGCCUUCGUCCGAUGUGCGUGCGUCCGCACCCCGCCGACACGUCAACCAGCCAGUACGGCAAGCCGCGCGCCCGCACGCGAACGGCGCGCACGACUCUGCGCGUCCUGCCGCAGUUUCUCGCCCCAGUCCCUUGACCACCCGCGAAACUUCAAGCUCGGACGACAUACGGGGAGGCCGCCGGACUGUGCGAGAUCACCGCGCGCCCGGUAGCCUCUCCUCACCUGCCAGUUCAUCGCGCGCAGACGGACCGGCUCGCGCGAACGCACUCCUUCUCGACGCGUCCGACCCUCCGUCGUCUCGCAAGCCGGCAUCCGCCUCUGUGUUGCUCCCUCGUCACUCGCCCGACUCGCGGCCGCCCUCGCGCCCUUUCGAACAGGCUGCGCUCGCGUCUGUCGAGCGCGAUCACCGCCGUCUCGCGUCUCCCUCGUUCGGCGUACCCGCAUCUGCGCCGCGCGAACACGACGGUCCACCAAUGUGUCAAGCACCGCACCGGCACGCGGACGGCACGCUCGGCAAGCACACCACUCCCACCGCCGCGCCCCUCGACGCUCGCGCCUCCCCCGACUCUGCGUGUCUGGCCGCCGCUUCUCGCCCCAGUCUCUCGACUGCACGCAAGACGUCAAGCUCGGACAACUUACGGGAUGGCUGCCGGGCUGUGCGAGAUCACCGCUUGCCCGGUAGCCUCCCCUCGUCUGCCUCGUCUUGCAGACCGGUGCUUGUGUCUACGCCGCGCCUUAGCCAUCCGCCCGACUCACUCGCGUCCGUCCCUCCGUCCCGCAAGGAGGAGCCAGACUUAGCUGGGUUAGACGAGGAACUCAGGCGCAGGAUUUGGCAGGUCCGCACGUGUUCGCGCCUCGUCACAGAGGACUCUCCCGAGUCAGCGGCCAUUGCAAAUGAGGAAGCUGCCCUACGGCGCGAAAUCUGGGAAGCUCGAGCCCGUGCUCGCCUUGCUCCACGCCUUGUCUGAACCCUGGGGGGCAUCAUUCCCGACACCUUUGUCUUGUCCCAGCCCACCCACCCUCGACUUUGCUCCUCUAUCCUCAC